GUGGGGCCUUAGUUGAUGGAAAAGAGAUGCAGCUACCCCGCACGUGUUUCCGCCCCACGCGUUGCCAAUCCAUCAUUUAGGUAGUCGCAUAUGAUACAGUGGGACAUUUAUUAGGUGCAUGUGGCUGUGGAUGGCUUUAAUGGCCUUAAUUGAAAUAUUCAGAGUAUUGCAGAAGCCGAAAAACGACUAAACUAAAGCGAUUUAAUACUUGGAAUUUAGGUAUUAAUUAAUAACCUUGAAAUUACGUUCCGAAUUAAUUUUACAGUGCAUUUAAUAUUUAACACUAGCUAAUGAAUCAAUCAAUACUCCUCUUCAUUCAACCUACCAAAUCACCAAUUAAUCAUUAAUUAUUCCACAUCUCUCGCGUUUUAUUCUGAAGUCUAUUAACCGGUGACUCAUCGAUUCUUCACAAGAGUGACAUAUUUUCUUGUGAAUAGACGAAAAGAAAAAUUCUGUCAAUUUAUUUUGACAUGCAUUGUCAUCAAGUCGACCGUUCGGGUACAUGUGCGGUGGUAUAUAAGACCCCAGUGUUUGUUAGGACAUUUUUUCGGGGACUACGUUGAGUGCAAAAUGAAUCCACUAGUCAAGACGAUUUUUUGGUUGCAGGUAAGUACGAAAUUCUGUUUGUUUUGUGGAAUUAUUAUUUUUUAAAUUCAUGAAUGAAUUAAUUGAUGAAUAGAUCAUGCAAGUCAUCUUUCCCACCGCAAACGGCGAGUUGUGUUUGCCCAUGAUUAGAGGACUCAAAGAAUUCGAUUCAGCUAUGGUGCUCCCUGGGAGAAUUCAUGUUUGGGACUCAUCAAUUCAAGAUUUCGCUCUUUUGGAAGCAGUCAUAAGAGAUGGAUGGUUAUACUGCAGCGUUGAUUUCAUGACCGGUGACAACCUCGAGGGAAGGACCAUCGCCGUCGCCGUAACCCCAACUCCGCCUUAUAUUUUUACUGAGGCCAAUUACACCAAAGUCACUGGCUAUAUCGGGGACAUAUGGACGAGCUUGGAAAAAACCUUGAACUUUACAUCAAUUUUUGUAGAAUCAAGAAUGAGCAGUGGAAAAACAUUGACAAGUGGAACUAUCGAUGUAUUGUUAAAAGCCAGCGUUUACAGCGGAUAUCCAGCCGGGCACUAUACAUACAGUUACCAAGUCGCCACCAGCUCAUAUGUAUUAUUCGCGUUAUCAGAAGGUACGAGAAUAUCCGUUUGGUGGUACGUCAAAAUCUUCAGUGUUGGUCUGUGGGCCAUGACCUCUGUCUUUCUUAUCGGUAUAACAUGCAUGUUAGCCGGAAUGUACAGGAUUAAAAAAGCUACCUGUCAUGAUUAUGUCGAGUAUCAUGAUGAGCUUGAUGCUGUCUCACUCGACUUACUCUGUGCUUUAGGCGGCAUUACUGGUCAAGGUGUCCAGAUGAUGCCGUCAUCGCCGUCUCUCAGGAUCCUCAUGAUAACGUCACUGAUGAUGGGUCUCCUCUUGUACAGCGGUUUCUCCGGUAAUCUCACCUCAUAUCUUGCCUCCCGAGGUAGCUUUACUCCCCUGCAAUCCCUACACGACGUCGCCCAGAAGCGAACUCACUCCUUGUGUAUGAGACGCAAGAGUUUCGCCUAUAGUAGCUCAAUGGACUCGGUGUUGGAGCCAGGAUUAUCAUUGAAGGGCCUUAUCAAUACCGGCAACUGCCCUGACAUGAGUAACACGAAAAAUCUUUGUAAACCCGAUGUCAUUUACAUGGAUUCACCGGACAUUUUUAUCGAUACUUAUCGACAGUCAACCCAACGAUGUAAAAUCAUUCAGCUGCCUGGCAACUACUGGGGCAUGAGGAUUGCUCUCAUAUUCGCUAGAUUCUCACCUUAUCGCCGGGUUAUCGACAGAUAUUUGCUGAGACUCCACUCAGCAGGAAUUUUUAGCUAUCUCGAGAGAAAGUGGAUUUCCCGAGAAUUACGCAACGAGGUGCACCAUAAAUUUGAUUUCAAACCCGUUGAAUACGGUCACAUAAUAAUUAUAUUCCUGGGGUUGUGCAUGAUGAUUGUACUGAGUGCAUUGAUCUGUAUUAUGGAGAUGAUAUGGCAUCGAAUUAAAAGGAAACGUGAGAUAAAACGGAAGAUAAAAAGACGCUUGAAGACACUGGCGAAAUUGACAGAGGGAAAUUUUCCAAAAAAUAUCUACCCACGGCGCAAUCCUCCCCAGCAAUGUCGAAUUUAUUUAAUUCGUCAAAUUUAUUUACAUAUACUUCACACUUCCCCCCAGCCCUCUCCCAUUUACCAUUAA